CUUUGACCCCGCCCCUCCACCGGUGCCGGCGCGGAAGCUCCGCGCUCCUGUCCCGCCGCCAUGGCAGCCGCGGGGCCGGUACAGCUCCUCCGGGCCGCCGCCGCCUCCUCCCGCCGCUGGCUUUUCUCCGCCUCGCCGGCAGCCGGAACAUGGCCGGGCUGCGGCAGCGCCGCUGCUGCCGUGAGGGCAGCCCGGCCGUUCAGCCUCUCUGCCCGGGCGGUGCUCAGCUCAGAAGAUAAAAUAACUGUUCAUUUUAUAAAUCGUGAUGGUGACAAACUAACAGCCAAAGGAAAACCGGGGGAUUCACUGCUGGAUGUUGUUGUUAGUAAUAAUCUAGACAUAGAUGGGUUUGGUGCAUGUGAAGGAACACUAGCCUGCUCAACUUGUCAUUUAAUCUUUGAAGACCACAUAUUUGAGAAACUAGAUGCAAUUACUGAUGAAGAGAUGGACAUGCUGGAUCUGGCAUAUGGCCUCACAGAAACAUCACGUUUAGGCUGCCAAAUCUGCUUGAAGAAAUCCAUGGAUAAUAUGACUGUUCGAGUACCAGAAGCUGUUGCAGAUGUUAGACAAUCAGUAGAUAUGAGUAAAAACUCCUAAAAGGCAAUAACUUAGGGGUUUUAAAGAAGCUUAAUUAUUUUUAUAACUUAUUUUUAAAUGUGUAAUUAAAUAUGGAAACUUACAUAAUUGUGAGUUAUUUUAUAUGACUAUCAAUAUUAGAUGGAUGCUAUUUUAAUUUUCUUUAUAGAACCUCCUAUAUUUUUACGCUUAAAAUGCAAUAAUACUUCUUAUAAGUGAUCAUUAGGUUGAGCAUUAGCAAGUGUAUUACAGGUUUCAUAUAACAUGAUUCUGCCAAAACUAACAACGUUUGCAAGCCAGAUCAGUUCUACAAGACUUCUAAAAACCCCUGGUCAUUUCUAGGUUUCAGACCUAGAUAUGUAAGAGAACAAAACUUGUAAGACUGAGUCUUUUUAAAGUGUUGUCAUUAAAGAUGGUGUACUCAGAGCUAUUUCAUGUUCUCAGUAAAUAGGAUCCUUCCUCAGCAAAUAGUGGAUUUUCAGGGUAGGGUUUUCCAAACUUUUUGUCUCGGCAAAAAUACUGUUAAAACCUUGAAAUCUAGGGGCCUAUGCAGAAUGUUGUCACCUACAUCUUAAUUGCUGCAAUGCAUCUCUGUGGCCUGAAUCAGAAAUCAGUAAACCUCAACUUCAUUAUGUUUGAUUACACUACAAAUACGGGGAUACACAGGGUUUAGAAGAGUAAAGCGCUGGAGCUGUCAAAUAGGAAGGUGUAACCACUGGAGGUAACUGUAAAUUCUUACUGUUCUUUGAAGAUGGUUGAGUUGGAAUUGAAGAGGACAGUGCUUGUCAACAGAGAAUUUGUUCUGAAUUCUUCAUCCCUUUCUCAUUUUUUAGCUUGAUCAGGAGGCAGUGUGAUGUUAACUAGGGCAUUCAGCUUAAAGAGGUUCCUGGGUUCUGGGCCUUGCUCUCAGGAUCAUUUCAGCAAGGAUUGAUGUGGAAUGACCAAGUAUAUUUAUUCUAUAAAGAUGGACUAGGUUCCCCAGGAGGCCUGAGGAGACCCCCAUGGUGAGAUUGCCUGUAAACUGAUGAUGAAGUGCUUGCAGUUUAUUCUAGUUUUAGUCUUUCCAAAGCAGAACAAAGUAAAAGAAUGUCUCUACAACUCUUCAUUAUUCUCUCCAGGUUUUGUUGCCUAAAUACUUAAAUGAAAUGGUUGUCACCAGUGCAAUAGUUAGUUUACCCUUUUAAGGUUAUUUUAAUAUUUUGGGCAUAUUUAUAUAUAAAUUUCAUUUAUUUACAUUUAAAUGAUCUAAUGCAUUCAUUAAUGCCUUAUUUGAAGUGGUGACAAUGACAUCUAGGCAUCUUUUCUGGCAUUAUUAUAUUUAUGGGAGAGAUGAAAAAUAUUUUUCCAGUGUCAAAUAUUGGGAUUAUUUUGAGCUUCAUAAGGAAGAAAAAAAAAAAAGAAAAAGGACCCUCUUUGUUAUAAAAAUAUUUUGUAGGACUGUAUUGAAAAUAGAUCUGGUACAGGUUCUUUAAUUUUCUCUCUGAAUAGCUAUUUGUUUCCUGGUGUUCCCUUUGGACUUCCCCUUAAACAAGAUAGGUUUAAUGUAUUCUGUUCAGAACUUAAUCAUAUAUGCUUUUCAGAAUACACUUCCUCUAAUUUAAUUCAAAAUGUGACUUUAGAGGUGAAAUCUCCUGGCUUUUGAAAGGCAAAGCAAAGUUGGGAAGAAGGAUGGCAAUAAGAUGAAGAAAUGCUCUAAAGAUACUGCUGUCUUCCUCUUCAUCUGCUGUGACUCUAACUGUAAUUUAGAGGAUACCCUGCCACAGUCAGGCUCAAAGGUAAAUGAGUUCUCACUUUAUGUUACCUUUGUCCUGAGUUCAUUUAUAUAAAUUUAUUAAAUAUUGACCUCUGAUCCUUUUACAUGAGACACAGCUCUUUGGCUUCCAAGAGAGGGAACAUAACUUGGGUCAUAACCAGAUGUACUGUGCAUUCUUGCAUCAGAAAGAAAUCCGAGGUUUCAGUAUAGCUGUUUAGGGAUAGAUGUUGGUGUUUGCUGGGGUUUGGGGUUUUUUGAGUUUUGCUUUGGGUUGGUUUAUUGGGUUUUUUGUUUGUCCAUUUAUGCACAGCAUGAGGCACUUUGCCUUGUGGGAAUCCUGAAACAUUUGAUGCUGCAUUAAACAAAUGUGAAACAACUCUUGUAAUAGUUUUCUUUCUAAGUCAAGGUGGUGUCAUUGUGUGUUUCCUGUGACAACUUCUUGUUACAAAGACUUUGACUCUCCUGUAGUGUGCCUGUGGAAGGAAUUACUUAGCACAACAAAGCAAAAAAGGACACUUCAAAAUUUAUUUUGAAUUCCAGAGGUAUCCCGUAUCACAUGCAAAUGGACAUCUCAGAAGGCAAAGGAACUGACAUGUAAUCCCAAAAAUGCACAGUUCAGAGAUACUUGUUUCCUUAUUGUCAAAAUGAUUUGCAAAUAAAUCUUAUUUUUGGCCACUUUCUGACAUAC